CGAACCCGAGCCAUGAGCCCGUUAAUACUUCACUUCUUCUCUGACUUCACAAGCAAGUCACAAAUACUUCGCUUUCUUUGAAAACAAAUCCCCAACUUGCUUCGAUUUCAUUGCAAGUUUUCUUCUUCUUCUUUGAAUUAUCUGAAAAAAAUGGAAUCACACGAGGAAAGUGAGAUCAAUGGCCCUCAUUCCAUGGGUACCACCAUCAUCGGCGUCACUUAUAACGGUGGUGUCGUCCUCGGUGCCGAUUCUCGCACCAGCACAGGAAUUUAUGUUGCAAAUCGAGCAUCUGAUAAAAUCACUCAGCUAACUGAAAAUGUCUACUUAUGCCGUUCUGGAUCUGCAGCGGAUUCUCAAACUGUGUCUGAUUAUGUGAGAUAUUUUCUUCAUCAGCACACGAUACAAUUGGGGCAACCGGCUACAGUUAAGGUUGCUGCUAACCUUGUUAGGCUGUUGUCUUACAGUAACAAGAAUAUGUUGCAAACUGGAAUGAUUAUCGGGGGUUGGGAUAAGUAUGAAGGAGGUAAAAUUUAUGGAGUGCCUCUUGGAGGAACACUUUUGGAGCUGCCGUUUACUAUUGGAGGUUCAGGAUCCACUUACUUGUAUGGUUUCUUUGAUCAAGCAUGGAAGGAAGGGAUGACCCAAGAAGAAGCUGAGCAAUUAGUGGUGAAAGCAGUCUCUCUUGCUAUUGCUCGUGAUGGUGCAAGUGGUGGUGUUGUUCGGACUGUCACUGUGAGUUGCGUCCUCUCUGUUUUUUUCUCUUUCCAACUGCCUGUCCAUCAAAUUAGUUCAGACACUCGUACUACUUUAGUAAACUCAGAAGGCGUGACAAGAAAGUACUACCCUGAGGACAAGCUCCCCCGAUGGCAUGAGGAGCUGGAGCCACAGAACUCAUUGUUGGACAUAUUGUCAUCAUCCAGUCCUGAGCCAAUGGUUUCUUGAGAAAAUGCCUCGUUAUGCUGGGCAUCGAUUGUCUUAAGAAAAUGAUGUCAGACACUUGUUAUCUAAAGAAAAUGCUUCAUGAUGUCAUGAAGUGAAUGUUGUUAGCGAUCCUUUUCUCAUGUUCAUUGGUAUGCUAGGAAACACUUUCCAGUGUAAAGACUAUUUUUCUGAUUUUGAUCAUCUAUUUUGUCUU